CAUCUAUAUAUCCUUUAGUAUGUGACAUACUCUAAGUUAUCUCUAGCGAAUGUUCGGGUUUUUGUAUUUAAACAGGUUAUGAAAUUGUGCAAGUAAAUUACGAAUUUUGUAGUAACAUAGAAAUAUGUCAGUGAAACGUCUAUCCUCGAGUUUGUAUUACCUACCUAGACCGAACCGAUGGAUGAAGGGGAUUGGUGCAGAAUUACCAGUGGAAUAUAAAAAAUUUUGGAAGGAAUGGAAACUAACGAAACCAACUGCUGUUCAUUAUGUGAAACAGGAAGGUAGAUACAUCAGAGACGAGGAAACGGAAGUAGUACGUCCAGUUCAAAAUGUACCGUUGCCGCUGUUGUAUCCUAAAGAACACAACCAGGGUAUAUGGGGUGGCGAAGCUGUAAUACAAGGUUACAUGAAGAAAUCUAAAUAUCAUCGUAGAUUUCCUCACUUUUGGUUCCCUAUGCUUAAAAAGACCAUAUUGUACAGUGAAGUUCUAGAUAAAUAUAUGAGAACUGUGGUUACCGAUAGAACUCUGAACUUAAUUCAUGAACAUUACGGUUUCGAUCAUUAUUUAUUAAAGACUCCGGCUUGUGAUUUGAUAUCGGAACUUGCAGUUAAAUUAAAACGUCAAAUACUGUUAGCGUUAGUCGACAAAACUUUGUAUCCAAACGAUCCUGAUAAAAGGGAAGAAAUUUAUAACAAAUACAAAGAGUAUUUAACAGCGUACACACGAGACGAAAUUGAAUGGUAUGGUUUAACGUAUAAAGAAGCGUGUCUUAAGUGGAUAAAACUAAAAGAUGAGCAGAACCCAGUACAACCUCUGAAAUUACAAUAUAGGGCUGAAUUAAUUGCAAGUCUCCAAGAAGAGAGUAAGAAACAAGAAACCGAGAAGACAGAGUCAAUGGUUGAUAGCACUUUGUCUUGGAUAUCAAAAGUGAAUCCUUUUUCGAAAGAUACCAAAUCCAAAUAAGAGAUUUAUAUUUUUAGCUAAGUGUUAUAAAUAAAGAAACUACACUGUAUAACAAAUAAUUGCUCUUUCCUUUUAUAUUUAACACAUUACAAAGGGUUUUGUAUAGAAA